AUGGGUCUAAGUGAGGCUAAGACUUGUGACACUCCUAUGGUUCCUAAUGUGAGAUUGAAUGCUGAGGAUGGAGAGAUGUUUGGUGAUCCAGAGAGAUAUAGACAGAUAGUUGGAAAGUUAAACUACCUUAUAGUAACCUCUCCAGAUAUUGCUUUUUUAGUGAGUGUGGCGAGUCAAUUUAUGUCAUCUCUUAGGACAUCACAUUGGGAUGCGAUCCUCCAUAUUUUGAAGUAUCUAAAAGGAGCCCCUGGACGUGGGAUUCUUUAUAGUGAUCAUGGUUAUAAUAAGGUAAAAGGUUUUUCAGAUGCAGAUUGGGCAGGAUCUUCUGUGGAUAGACGGUCUCUGACUGGGUUUUGUGUUUUUUUUAGAGGAAAUCUCAUUUCUUGGAAAAGUAAUAAGAAACCGGUUGUAGCUAGGUCAAGUGCAGAGUCUGAGUAUCAAGCUAUGACACAAGUUACGUGUGAGCUUAUAUGA